AUGAUUACUUCCCGGCUUCUCAUGACCCUGGCUGCUGCCAGCAUGGUCUCCGCUCAGGCCACUGUCACCUCCAUGUUUAUUUUCGGUGCUGAUCCGCAAUCUCUGGUCGCUUCCAUCGCGGGCAAUGAUGCCACCGCGACAACAUACGUCGUCAACUGCCCUCCUGGCACCGAUGGUAGUGACUGCGGGAUGGGUCCCGGACUGACCCUCGUUGCCGGUCCGACGACCUCCGUGUUCAUGAUGGACGAGCCGACGGAGAAUUUCCAUUGGACUGUCACCUGCUCUGUCGGUGGAACGACCACUGCUGUCUGCACUGAAACGGCCAGCGGUACUGGGGCCAAUUUCCCUGGUACCAGUGCUACGACUUAUUCGGAUGACUUGCCUCUGUUGAAGGUGACUAUCACUGCUGGGUCUGUUACAGGUACGGUGGGAUCUUCUGCAUCGAGUUCUGCUACCGAUACCGCUGCCAUGGCCACAGCCACGGCUACAGCUACAGCCACGGCUACGGGCACCACUACAACUACAAACAAGCCCUCUUCUACAGAGUCUUCAUCGAAUACUUCGCAUAGCUCGUCGGCUGUGAGUACGGGAGGAAUGCCAAAGGUGACCGGCACUGCUGGAACUGGAGUUCUCUUGGGAGCUGCGGCGAUGGCUCUGGGCAUUGCUGCUCUGUGA